AUGCCGUCGUUCGACAAGCAAGUAUCGCGCCCGGCCGCGAAGGCGGGCGCGCCGGCGCCCGCCAGGGCGCGAAGCGGCGGGCCAGACCCGUUCGUGAUCGCGCACGUGCACAAGCAGUCCGACGCGGAGGCGUUCUUCGAAGCGCGGUUCGGCCUCGAGCCGUCUUCGAACGACGUCCGCUCCCCGCUGCGCGACGGCUCCAACCGAGCGAAGCCGUCCACCUCGGAGCGCGGCGGCCCGACGUCCGCGGCUGGCAAAAAGAUCGCCGACCUCCAGACGAAGCUCGCGCACGCGAUGGCGGCGGUCCAAGAGGGCGACGCCGCGACGGAGCAGGCGCGGAUCGAGCGCGAGCGCGCCGCGGUGGCGUGGGCGGACGCCAUGGCUGCCGCCGACGCCGCGCGCGAAUCCGCCGUCGCCGACGCCGCCGUCACCCGAGACGGCGUCCAAAGAGCGCUCGAGCGCGAGGUCAGCGAGCUGCGCGCCGCGCUCGCAGCGGCGGAGACGAUGAACGCGCGCGCCAAGGCGGCGGAGGCGGCGACGCACGCCGCGGGCGCGAAAGCCGCCAAGGCGAAGAACGACAAGCUCGCGGCGCGCGUCGCGUUGUUGACCGAGGCGCGUAUUGGUUCCUCACACCGGUUCCCAUACGAUCCCGUUCGCGCGGUGCACGCCGAGGCGGAGGACGCCGAACGGAGGGCGUCGGACGCGUCCGCGGCGUCAGACGCGACGCGCGCGGAGCUCGCGGAGACGAAGCGCGCGAUGGAGAAGAUCGCGAGCGAGAUGGAGACGCUGAAGAAGGCUGGCGCGGUCGCGAACGAGAUGCUCGCGGACGCGAAGGGAGAGCUCGAACGCGCGCGGGAGACGUCGCGCGACGGCGAGAAGCUCGCGGCGGAGGCGGCGGCGGAGGCGGCGGCGGCGGCGAGCGCGAGCGCGACGACGAUAGCCGAGCUCCGCGCCGCGCUGGAGACGACCGGGGGGUCGCGUCAGCGCGCGAUGGAGGAGCUCUCGAGGCUGCGCGACGACGCGACGACGGCGAAGGAGGAGUCGGAGCGCGCGAAGAAGACGGCGGAGGAGGCGGAUUUUUUGCGCGCGGCGACGGAGACCGAGCUCGCGAAGACGCGGCGAGACCUCGACGACGCGAACGCGCGCGCGUCCGCGACGGAAAGCGAGCUCGCGAAGACGCGGCGAGACCUCGACGACGCGAACGCGCGCGCGUCCGCGACGGAGAGUGAGCUCGCGAAGACGCGGCGAGACCUCGACGACGCCAACGCGUCCGCGUCCGCGUCCGCGACGACGACGCGCGACGAGGCGACGCGAGAGGCGCGAGAGAGCGCCGCGCGCGAGAUGGAGGAAACGCGCGCGACGCUGACGGCGCGACACGACGCCGCGCUCGCCGCGCUCGCCGCGACGCACGCGGCGACGACGAAGGAGUUGGAGGCGCGGUUGGACGCGGCGAGGGCGGACGCGUCCGAGGCGGCGGCGAGGGCGGAAGCGUUCGAAGCCGAAGCCGCGGCGACGACGAAGGAGUUGGAGGCGCGGUUGGACGCGGCGAAGGCUGACGCUUCCGAGGCCGCGGCGAGGGCGGAAGCGUUCGAAGCCGAAGCCGCGGCGAACGCCGCCGCCGCGGUCGUCGUCGCUCCCCCCGCCGCCGCGCCGCCGCCUCCCUCCGAGGAACUCGACGCCCUCAAAGCCGCGCACGCCGCGGAGAUGGCGAAGAUCAACGAGGCGAACGACGAGAUCGUCGCGUGGGCGCGACAAGCGGCGAAGGAAGAAGCCGAAGAAGCGCUCGGCGCCAACGCGAGAGACGCGCUCGCGAAAGCCGCGCGCGCGGAGAAGGCUCUGGAGGACGCGUCCCUGGAGCACGCGUCCCGCGUCGCGUCGUUGAAGCAGACGUUCAAGGAGGCGAUGGAGCGAAAGAACGAGGAACUCAAGGUGGCGCUCUCCGCCGCGCGUUCGAGCGGCGCCGACGACGUCGCGCGCGCGGAGGCCAAGGUGGCGUCCGCGACGACGGAGGCGCGCGCGAAGAUCGCCGCCGCGGAGCGCGCGGCGCGAGAGGCGAAGGCGGCGACGGACGCCGCGGAGGCGAAAGCGGCGGCGACGGAGAAGGCGCGCGACGACGCCGUCGAGUGUUUGAACGUCGCGCGCGCCGAGUGCGAGGCCGAGGUGAAAGCGGCCGAGCUGAGAGCCGCGAACGUGGAGUACGACCUCGAGACGCUUCGCAACCGGUUGCGGCAGUCCGAGAACGCGGGGAAGCGCGCGCUGUUGGAGCUCUCCGACGAGCUCGCGAGCGCGGAGCGCCGCGCGAUGGAGAAGGUGAUGAAGUCGGAGGAGGCGGCGAAGAAAGCGGACGCGACCAACGCGCAGCUCGCGCGCGAGCUCUGGGCGUGCCGGCAGAAGAUGGAGACGAACGAGGCGGAGCUUCGACGCGACCUCGAGCUGUCGCGGAAGCGCGCGAGCGACUUGCUCAGGGAGGUGAACGCCGCGCGCCGACGCGAAGCGAUGCGAGGCGGCGGCGGCGGCGGAGACGACGCGUCCGGGGCUGGGAGGAGCGCCGCCGACGCGGACGCCGUCGUCGCGGAGAUGCAACGCGAGCUCGAGGCGGAGAUCGCCGCGUCCGAAGCCGCGGCGGCGGCGUCCGCGAAGCGCGAGGGCGCGUCGCGCCGCAAGCUCGCGGACGUGAACACGAAGUUAACGGAAGCGGAGCACGCGUUACACGAGACGAAGAUUGCGCUCAUGAAGAGCGAGCGGCGCGCGAACGACUUCGAGAGGGACCUCGAGAAGGAGACGAGCAAGAGCGCGCGGCUCGAGUUGGCGUGCGCGAAGGGCGGCGUCAAGCUGCCGAAGUAG